AUUACCGUAACUCUAAAUCACCAAUUCGUCAUUGCGAGGAGUUUAUAGUGAUGCGGUGACGAUGCGAAGGAAAAGAGAGACGGAGUAAUGGAGAAAGAGCGAGAGCGAGUAUAGCUAGCCGGCCGGCAAGGGAAGAACGACGUUGCGGACUAUCGACCCGGUCUUCAUCAUUUCGACGCCUGCGCCUGACUCCGGCAACCCUUCCUACCACCUCCGCAGGCCGUCUUGCCGACGACGCGGCGCUCUACGCAACGUCGGUGCGGCGACAGUGGGACCAGCAGUGCCUCUCACGGUUUCGUUCUCGCUCUGCCCUCCGUCUCAUCGUAACGACUACUUAGGGAGCAAUUCGGAGCCCGAGCCUGAGCCCGAGCACCGCUUACGAACACUGCCUCGAAGGCUGAGAGAAGAGGAAGGUGGUGCGCCGGUGAAGUGGUGAGAGAGGUGGAUGUGAGGGAGAAGAGGAGCCGUAUAGUAGUAUAUUUCGUGUCAUAAUCGACACCGAAGAGUCGCAUUGUCCUUCUCGAUAGAACGCCCCUAAUUCUGGCCUGUUAACGAGACCGCGUGUCCGUCGUCGAGAAACAGGCCUUGUGCGUCGCUCGCUAACGCAGCAGCUGUGUGUCACUGUCCCACUGCCCCACACACCGCGGCCUCAUGAUUGGUUCAUUCUGGAACCUCUGCCGUGCGUGCCCUUCAAUGCCGAUUGACAAGCAGCUUCAUUCGGAAUACAGGAGCACGUACACAUGGCACGAGUAUACAGGACCACACCAGGAGCAUGCGGUUGUACGACGUGCGCCGCAACCGCCGUUAUCGACGAAGCAACCAAGCGCGAAGCUGCAAUCGGCCAAGUCAACCGAGGAUGAGAACAGCGAAGGACCCACUCUGGAACCACCAUUACCCAGACGAAAGAAAUGUCCAGAGCUUGCUUACAAGACGCACGAGUUUAUCACAGCAGCGGACGGUGGAGGUAUCGAUGCCAUCGAUUCAAAUGUCGUAGCUGAUAAGGAAGUCACGUCGACACUGCCACCAAGUCAGCUGAGCAAAGCGAUAUCUCGUAUAAGCACUGAAUACCGGCUGCAAUUUGCCUGGCCUAAGAAACCCCAGCUGAUAAAUGGCGAAACUCAGGCACCGGUUUUAGCGGCGGGUUUUUCCGCGGGCACUACGGGCCCACCAAGAAAAUCGCUCAGCAUGGGGGCUCUUAAACAAGGAAUGACGACUACUGGACCGGCACCGGUACACAAAAAGCGACCAGGCGACUUCGAUCACAAACGCGAUGGGAUUCAGGCGUCAGAACUGGAACCACUGGUGGGCAGCGGAACGGAUGCAAUCGACGGGAUGGUACCAGAGGGCGACGAGCGCGAAGAGGAUAUGACGGACUUGAAAAUAACUUUCAGGAAAAAUAAAUCAAAAAAAAUCGUACGGAUAUCGGAGGCGCCGGGCAAAUUGCAAGCGAAACCAUUUCCCAUGGCGGAGGUAAUCGAGCUUCGGCGACUCGCUGACGAGUAUAAGCAUCGUGACUGGGGUUGCGGUCUGACGGCCGAAGAUGAGGCUUCAUUGUGGAAACAAGUCUCCAAUAAUCAUGCGCUCAACGCUCUAUCCCUUGCCAGAUCGGUUACCAAGGAAGAGAAGGAGAAGGAGAAUAGAAAGGUUGCACCGAUCGUCAGCAUGAUCGCUACAAGACCGCCGGCAGGUCGACCGUCUUCGGUGCAAGCUAGACCGAUACAUGGUUUAUUGGACGACACCAAAGCGGAUAAUGAUCGAGCCAUCGCUCGCGCAAGAAAGGAUUUCUUGAUCCGUCAUCAUCUUGACCGUACUACUGGUGUGGGUGACGGUGCACUGCUUCCCUCUCCAACACGAGAGAAGUUGGAGCCUGUGAUCCCACGACGACGCGAUGAUAUCAAGGAGCAUCGAGAUGAGAUUCAGCCGCGAACUAAAUCCAGUCCCAAAAAUAGUCCGCGAACCGGACGCUCGCAGAGUCUUGGGCCGACUGUCACCGAUCGUAGAUCUCCGAAACGUCAGCCUACACGCGCACCAUCCGUUACUAAGGACGCCAAGGAGAAGGAGAAAGAGACGAAGGAUAAGGAGCAAAGAGAGAAAAGCAGCGAGCCCGAGAGGCAUCCACGACCGACUUUCCUCGCGACCACCGCCCUUCCCCAUCGCCCUCUUCAUCAUGUCAAACCCACAACCACCAUCACUACCAACACCACCACCACUGUCACUACCGCUAACAGUACUAGCGCCCCGGUAAAACGUUCCCCGGUAAAGCAUUCGGUUCAUACGACCGUCCAUCACCCACCUACGUCGGGUGCUGCUGCUGCUGCGGCCAGGCCGGAGCGCGGCGUUAAAGAUUUAAGCCAAAGGUGCCAAGGUGCGAAUGACGAGGUUCAGGCAAAAUUGGCCCGCGGGCAUCCAGCAGCUGCGGCUGCAGCCGCCGGCAAUGAUCCAUCAUCCAAAUCAUCCCUCGAUACGCGAUCCGCAUCAAAUCAAGCCGCUACUGCCGUCGUCCAAGCUAUGACAGCGGAGCCUCAGAUAAACGGAGAUGGUGGAGAUUCGAGUAUUGCCUCGACACCGCCAUCGCAAAAGCACGCAACAGUGCCGAUGUCUGCUAUGCAAGCAAGCCAGUGGUUGGAUGAUGAGCCAGUAGUGAAGAGUCCGCCGGAGCCGACAAGGGUAAAGUCUCCAGAACAGAUGAUCAUGCGUUCACCAGAACCUGUAAACUGGACUGUACCUCUUGACACCGGCAAGACUUUCACUGUUACGCAAAAUGUCCGAGAAGAGCCUCUCACGCGUCCGCAUAGCGAGACGAAGACGUGGGCACCAUCGUCUGUACCAUCAGCACCGCAAUCGGCACCACCUGAGCUCGCGGCACAACACAAAUCACAACAUUCCCAGCACUCUGGCUACAAGUCACCAGAGAGUGAAAGCGUCUCGCUCGGUAGUUUUAGCGGCAUAAAUGGCCACAAGGAUCUGGAUUCAGAAAGAGAUAGUCCAUUACCUACGAACAUACAAGAUACAUCCACGAAGACUGAAAAGAUCACUGGCAUUGUUGAGGAGACGAAAGAACGACAAAGCCCAGAACCGUCGGUAAAAUCCGUGGCAGGUACGAACUUGAGAUACUUGGAAGAUCCGACGUCUGAAAUGGAGAAGAAAAAGGAUAACAGCCCACCGACAACGAUUGCGACAACGCUGGCGACAACAUCAUCAUCGCCUGCAACACAACAAAGUUACCGUAUUCUCGAGGCUGAAUCAUCGCCUCAAGAUACUGGCGGCAGCGGCGGUACUACGAGCACCGGAAGUAGCACCAUGGGCGGUUAUCACGUGUUGGAGGCACCAGCAAUAGUGCCGGAUUCGACACAACGCUCGGCGGCGAGUGACGUUCUUGAGAAAGCGCGUAAUCGCUUUGAUAAGUUCUGGGGAAAGGGUAAUGGCACGGAGAAUUAGAGACCGCGUCCUUUGAAAAAAAAAAAGAAAAAAAAAGAAACAGGAAAAGAACGUUUCAACGAAGGAUUCCACAUUUUUCGUUUCGGAAAGGCAAGAUGAGCCCUUCCGGGAAAGGAACAAGAUUUCACCUCCCUAUUGGUUGGUCUGUCCACGUACUUUCAUAGCUUCUAAUUGCUCGGGAAGUGAGAUUGUAAUACGUAAGCAAAAAGGCGAAGAAAUGAGCUGAGAUGAUAUCCUCGUAAAAGAAUCCCUAUUGAUCGCCAAUGAUAAUUCAAGAUCUUCGUGACCAAAACAUUUCAGGUUUCUUCAUAUUAGCAUAUUAUCAAUUCUGAUAUUCGAGUGUUGCAGAAGAGAAUUACGCCUAUCAAAUAUAAAUUAAAAUUUCUCAAAAAGUGCGAUCAUCAACAUAAAAAAAAUUCUCAUUAAAAGAUAAGGAAUAACCAUAACGAUUAAUUAACGCUACUGAAGAUUCCUGAAAAUUAUGAUCGAUAAUUGAUUUAUGUGUUUAUUAAGAAUAAUUAACAGGCAAAUAGUAAAUGAUCAAAAUGAAUAAGAUGAUAUUAAAUAUGAUAUUAAAUAACGGAUUAAACAAGAUUAAAUCUUAAAACUUUUACGGAGAUACAAUUUCGAAAAGAUAAAAAAAAAACCUUUACAUCAAAUUAUCGAUCAAUAAAAAUUUUUUGCUCUUUUUUCGCAAUCAGAAGAUAGAUCGUGGAUCCGCGCAGAUAUCAUUAUUAGUAACAAAAAAUGAGGUAAUUCCAAAAAAAUCAAGAUGAUGAAUCCGAAUCAGAAUAAAGGACUGACAUGAGAAACUUAUACGAUGACGGUGCGUGCAGGCUAUGCGUCGGUCUCGAGAACUCAAGGAAUAACUUGAGAACAUAACUACCUAACAUUUAUACACACAUGCUUACAUAUGUAUACUGAUACACACGCAAGAAAGGUAUUCGCAUAUUUUAUCUUUUAAUUGAUCAGUGAUCUCGUUGCGAGAUUUCACGAGCUGCAAAAAUAGAAUAGAACGCGUGAAACGCAUAUAGUGGAGGUAAGGAAUUUAUUUGCUCAUUCAUCUUAUUUAGAAUAUUUUCAUAUAAAAAACAGAAAAAUAUCAUUGCAAAGUGUAUCUCUUAAAAUACAUUGUUUUUAUUUACACUAGUAUAUAUAUAUAUAUAUAUAUAUAUAUAUAUAUAUAUAUAUAUAUAUGGAAUAAACAUAUAGCAAUGUUUCUUUUUUGUGCAAAAUUAGUCCAAAAAAUGGGAUGUAAAAUUUAUUUAUUUAUUUUUUUUUUUUCACUCACACAUAUAUACACCAACAUAUACAUGCGGAUGCAAAUACACGUACGCACAUACAUACGUGCAUUUACCGACACGUGAACAAGUAUUUAAAACGAAUACACAUUUACACGAAUACAUUAACAUUAUAUAGAAUAUUAAAGUGAUCUCCUACUUACACGAGAUCCACACAUAGUUAAAUCCGAAUUCUUUUUCCAUUUAUAAAUCUCGAAGCCGAGUAUCGAGUAUCGAUAGGUAAAAAAAAAACAGCUUGUUGCUAUAAAAAUAAAUAAAAUCGGGAAGAAUAAGUAGCCUUUUAAUCGCUUCUCGUGCGUUUUAUAUAAGUCUAUAUACGGAAUAUAUAAUAAUUAUAUUAAACACGUAUACACACUAUGUAUACAAUUAUGGGGUAUAGCACUCGCGAAUUAUAAAUAAAAUAUCGGUAUCGUAUUGAGAAUUCUUCAGAUCGAUAAUAUCAUUAUUAAAUAAUAUUAUUCAGUGAAAUAAUAUUAUUUAAUUAUUUGCAGAAGAUUGUUAUGCCUAAACUUUACCCUAAACUUUACCCUAUGCCUAAAUUUUACAAGGAGGCGAGAGAGAAGGGAGGGAGGUAAUUACAACCGAGUUGAUCAAUUUUAUAUAUUUAUUUAAUAUGUUUAAAAUAUUUAUUUAGUUGUAGUAUAUUUAUAUGUGUUUAACUUCUUUUUGCGCUGGUUUUUAAACUUUUGAAAAUUAAUUUUUUUUGUACAGAAUCUUUUUGUACAGAAAAUUGAGUAAGAUAAAAAUUAUACGCCUAGAUUGAAGAGAUCUGUGGAAUUCUCGGGAUGAAGGACCGCGAAAUAAAUUUCUUUUCGAAUAGAGAGAAGUUCUCUCUUUUUUUGUUACAUGUUAUUGCCACAAAAAAAAUUUACUCCAUUUCCAAACCGAAUCUCGACCAUCUCGCGUGUGAUUUUGUACACGAGUUUAUUAUUGUUGUUAAUAAUUUCUAGCUAAGAGUAUUACAAAGUAAAUGACUUCUUUAAUUGCAUUGCAACCAAAAUUUAUAUCAAUUUCUAAAAAUGAGAAUUGCAUCGCAAACUUCAGCGGUUACAUUGAGAAAUAAAAUUAUUAACUUGAUUAAAUACGAUUAAACUGAUUAACAUUUUCUACCAUUUCUUAAAUUGAAAUAUUUAUGUAUUUAAGUUAAAUGUAUGUCAUAUUAGAUUUUUAUUUAAAUAUUUAAAUGUUUCAAUUAAAGAAAUAGUAAUAAGUUGAACGCAUUUAGUCAAGUUAACAAAUUUUUUUUUAUAUGUACAAGCAAUGUGACCUUUUCAUGACAAAGAGGUUGUAUAAAUAAAUCCACAUAAUAUUAUAGCAAAAAUAUUUUGAAAGUCAGAAAUGAGAGAGAUUAAUUUUUAUUAGUUCAUCGCGGAUCGCGGCAUAAAUGGUCGGGAGGAUGGUCUCGAACAAUUUAAUCAUCACUUCCGAAAAGAGAUAAAUCACUGUAGUAAAAUGUAGUGUUUUUUCACACAGAGUAUAUAGGGCGCUGAACAUCUUCGCAAUUAAAGUUCAACAUAAAAUAUUGCUGUGUGCGUGACGACGAUGAUAAUGACGAUUACGUUCGAGGAAUGCGACUUCAGCGUUAUACUCGAUCUAUUGAAAUGUCAAAAUUUAUCGAAAAUGAAAAUACGAAUUUCUGAAUCAGAAGGGAAUCGAAAUCGCGCAUCGAAAGAACAAGAGAAAAGAAUGAAAAAAAAGUGGACGCUAUCUAUGCAUGCUGUAUAUUCCGUCUGUUUUCUUAUGCAAAUGUGUAUAUAUAUUCUUUCGUACGUUCCUCUUUGAAGAAAACAAUGAUGACGAUAAUGACGAAAAAAAAAUCUAAGAAAGCUUGAAGAGAGAUCAAUGACGAGCAAGAGUUUAUCGAUCUUUUGUUCAAAUUUGCAAUAAAUGUUGAAAAUGUUCUUGUUAACAUCACUAAACAUCACUUAAACAUCUUCACAACAAAAAAGGGAAAACAUUUUAAAUAUCUUAAAAUAUGAAGUAUGUUCAAUUUGAGAAAAACAAAAAAAUUACAUGUAAACAAUUAAGCUUUUUUGAUGUUCUACUGCAAGAUGGUCAAAACAAAUUUAUUUUAUUUCUAUUAUUUAUCAGUUGUUCGAAGAACAAAAAAAAUCGGAAAACACUCGCUCGUUCUUGUUUGAGAAUGUCGCAAUGCAAAAGAAGGCAUUUUUUUUUCUUUCAUGAGCGUGUAUACGCAUAUACAUUACACUCCAUCCACAGAUCCACGUCCAAAAGCCAACCAAUUACGAUGAAGCAGUAAUGAUAAUAAUUAUAACAAUAAUGAUGUUAAAUAAUAAUAACUGAAGACACCGCUAAAUAUACAUAAAAAACGAAAGCUGGAAUAAAGAAAAAAAAAUCGAAAAAAUUGAAUGGACAGAAUUAGAUUUACAAGAUGACAGAAAAAGGAUUCUCUCUCUCUCUCUCUCAAGAUAAAGGGAAAUUUGAAUUGUGCUGCUCUGAGCGAUCGCUGUCGAUGAUAUCGUCAUGAUGACGUUACUUGAUAUUGAAUGUGAAAUUGAUCGAAUGAACAAGAAUGACAAGGAUAAUUGUUAACACCUGAUUGUGUGAGAGAACGAUAAACAAGUUUCAUCCAGCGUAAAUAAGUUUAGCUGUUGUGAAAGCUUCAAGUCAGUCAGUGAUCCUCAGAUCAAAAAAUAAUAUUAAAAAAAUUGAAACCUGAUUUUUAAUUUAAUUUUAUUAUAUAUUUAUUUUUCCCAUUAUAUUUAUAUUUAAUUACAAAAAAAUGAAAAAUUUACAAAUAUGUUCUGAUUUGAUAGCUACAUUACUACAGUAUCUCCAUCUUAUGAUCUAAAUCAUAUAAUUUUAUGUACAAAUAUCCAGGUGCAUGGCAAAUAUUUACAUAAUUUUCUGUUCUCAAUUUAUUUGACAAGUCUCAAAAUAAAUUUCUUAAGUGAUUCGAAAAAUAGGAAAAAUCUGAGGAUUACUGAAGCAUAUUAUGUAUAUGAAUCGCACAGUAGCGCUUCCCUCCAAAAGUCCAUUGCAUAAAAAAGUCGGCCUAAUUUUUCAUCCAGAAAAUGAUCUUUUACUUAGGAUUGCGGCAGAUUUUCGGCAAGAAUAUAACCCUUUUUGUACGUUUGCCUUUUGCCUUUCAAUGUCGCAAUUGUAACGCGGUGAUUAAAUAUUCUUACUCAAUGUUAGAAAAAAUUGUUAGCAAAUCACUGAAUUAAAGAAAAGAGAAUAAUAAUGAUACUUAUUGUUAGAAUAAAUCAUGUGAUUUUGAUUCGCAAAACUCAAAAUAAAUAAUCUUUUUCUGCAGCAUCGAGUAAAAUGCCGACCAUUUUUCCCAAGUAACACGAAAUUGCACAAGAAACAUUUAAUGAACGUCCAAAAGAUAUAUUCAAAAAGAUUAAAAGUUAAAUAGUUAAAAGAUUAGAGUAAAUCAGACAUCUCUUCACAUCUCUUAGACUCUCGUCUCAUUUGAAUCCCCAGAUUUCAUUCAGCAGUAACUAAACGUGAUUAAUCAUAUUAAUUAAUCAUAUUGCUGUCAUGUUGAUUAAUAUGAUUAAUCAUAUUGUAUUUCUGUCAUGUUGUCAACAAUAAUAUAAUUGUUGAGAACAUGACAGCAAUCUAUCGCAGACAGUUGGCCUGGAUUGAUGAGUUAUCAUCGUCAUCGAUUGUUCCAUUACAGAACAUAAACGCUUCGUAGCAUCGUUUAAGUGACGAUGAAAGACUGGUUGCAAUUCUGAAUUCAUUUGUGUCUAAUGCAAUCUCGAUGCAAUACGAUUAUUGGCUUGUUGUGCGCUUUCGUACAAAUAUUCUUAACAUUUGAAUUAAACAUAUAUGAUUAGUUUUACUUAUGGCAAUCAAUUCAAUGAGAAAUUCAAGAUCGAUCAAUCGAUUUCAAGACAAAAAGUUUUCGCCUUUUGAUCAUAAAUCUUUAACUAUUUUACAUUAUUACAAAAAUACGGAAGAGAUUUGUUUAUAUUUUAUUUAAUUUAUAAUUUUUAUUUUAUUUUAUUUUCUCUAUAUACAGUCAUUAGACUGUAUAAAAAGUUUAUUGAAUAAGAAUGUGAGUUUUCGGGCUCAUAUACAUAUAAUCUCAAAUAAAAUAAAAUGGGUUAAAAAAGAAUAAGAUAAAAUUAAAUAGAGAAAAUAAAAAAUAAAAUAGAAAUUAUAAUGGAAAUGAAAAUUAAUGGAUUAAAAAAGAAUAUUUUAAACAUACAUGUAAUUGCAGUAUUUAAUUUAAAAUUAUGCUUGUGCUUGACUAAAAUAAGACAAAUCUUGCUUCUUUUUGCUUAACGAUAAAUAUUUAAGCAUUCGAUAUAAACGUUGUCAAAACAAAAAUAUGGUACGUACAUAUGUGGCUUAUAGCACAUCACAAAUUAGCACUUUACAAGCUUACACUGCCCGUCCGAGUUCAAAAGUUGAUAUGUUUUGUAAUUUCCAAAAUGUUAGACCGCGUCUCAUAUUCAUUAAAAUGCGAUUCAAUCUGUGAGAAACAAUCUCUCUUCGCUCUCCGAAACAAUUGAAAGGAAAGGCAAAUAUUACGUCCAUCGCAUCCAACUUUUUUAUUAUUAAUAAUUUAUUAAUAUUAUUGCAUUCGUAUCGCGAUUCGCAAGCUUAUUAUUCACAAAUGCAUUUAAGAUAUUCACUAUGAAAUUUUGUGUUUUUGAUUCAUAGAUAAUAAAAUAAUUCUGUUGUGCCAUUGGACCAUGUUGUGAGACUUAUACGUGGAACCUCGAAAUAGCGUGCGCUCUACGUGACUCUGUCUGAUCUAUUAUACAAGGUACUCUUACUCCCGUCAAAUAUAGGGCCGCGUGAGACUUGCACAAACGCGUCUCAUAUGGCAUAGAAGAUUGCAGCAUUAUUGCUGCAAUGUUCUAUAUUAUAUAGGGUUCUCUAGUACACCGCCGAGAAAAGACAUUGCACCCAUACAUCUACGCGCUUGGAUUGCUCCACGCUACUCGAGGGUGGCCCAACGCGUAUGAAAGGAAUAAUAUCUAUUAUUUCGAGGUUCUAUUGUAGUUAGCUAAUGAUGUAUUCCGUGUAUGUGUAUUAUUUUCAUAUUCGAAGAUACGCUUUGCUCUUUCUCUUAUUUUAAUCGAAACGCACUUAAUUGUUGUGAUUAUAAUAUAGAUAAGAAAAGCUGUAGAAAAAAAGGCUAUUGGACUUUUUUUUAGUAAGAUAUAUACACUGCGAAAUAAUCUACAUUUUCUUGCUACCCUUUUCCAUUGACAAAAAGUACGUAGGAAAAUAUUGUGGAUGGUAUUCGUUAUUGAAUUCUUAUCGAUUAUAGCAAGAUAGUUUUUCGUUGCGGCAAAUUAACGUGCUGGACACGUUGUGUGUUAUCUUGUAAUUGUGCGUAAAUGUAUGGAAAAAAGUUUAAAUAGAUAGCGGAAUACUCUGAAGAAGUAUCAUUUCCGAGAAAAAUCAAUUUUGCUAAUAACUAUUAUACAACGUGUCAUAGAACAAUGCGAAUGAGAAAUCUGAAGGAAAACUUAAGAGCUACAUAACAAUCAAUGUUGAAAUUAAUUUUCGAAGAAUUUGUGAUGUCUUUUAGACAUCGCUGAAUGUAUGAUGGGUUGCCAAACCGUCGUCGACUGAUUUUUCUGCCCCGCCCAUAAUAUAAAUAAUUAUCUAUUAUAAAAUGCGACGAAGAAGGAAAGUGAGAAAUAAAACAGGAUUACAAAGAAUAUAUAAUACUAAUUAAACAAUUGCAAAUAAUUUUAAAUUAAUUUCUUAGAUAUGAAAAUAUAUUAACUCGAGAUUA